CUGAAUUCGCCAUGGUGGAUCACAUCAUGACCAAAUUCAAGUGUUGAUGGAGCGCAUCUGAGAUGUUUGCAUUUGUAAUCAUAUUCAUUUUCUUCGGUUUGGAUAAAUCUAAUGCAGCCCUCAACUGCACAUGUGGACAACCAGGCGUCUCAAGCUCUAGAAUCGUUAAUGGUGUGGAAACCGGAAAGAACGAAUUUCCAUGGAUCGCCGCGGUGAGGAUCAAGACAUCCCCUCUGGCGACCAUCCCGAACCUGCCGUACUGCUCGGGCAGCCUGGUGUCGGACCGGUUCGUGCUCACCGCCGCCCACUGCCUGGCCAAGCUGCGCAACGAGGACUCCUGGCGGCGCAGCGAGCUCGUGUUCGGCAUGCACUGGGCGCGCAGCGACCCGCCCGAGGUGCAGCUGCGUAACAUCAAGAGGGCGGUGAUGAAGGUGCAGUAUCAAGACACCAACAAAGAUUACGACGUAGCGCUGCUGGAGCUGGACGUGCCAGUCGAGAUCAACAAAGUCAUCUACCCAAUAUGUCUACCCUAUAACCUCAAGUGA